GGUUGCGCUUGCUCUAAGGGAAAUGGUAGCUGACAACACGGAUUGGUUUGUCAGUGACCAACCAAAUGACUAAUUCUGAAAAAUACAGAAAUCAAAUCGGUUAAUGCGAGAGGGAAUGAGCGCAAACGCAAACACUGGACAUGAAUGAUACUGUUAGUGCAGUCCAAGACAAAGACAGACCUGCUAAUGUGAGGAAGGAGAAAUGGAGCAAUAUACUGCUACAACCAGUGGAGAUCAGAUAGUGGUGCAAGCUGCCAAUGGGCAAAUCCAGCAGCAGGUCCAGGGUCAGCCGCUGAUGGUCCAGGUGAGUGGCGGGCAGCUGAUUACUUCCUCAGGUCAGCCCAUCAUGGUACAGGCCAUGUCUGGAGCUCAGGGCCAGACGAUCAUGCAGGUGCCCAUGUCUGGAGCUCAAGGGCUUCAGCAGAUCCAGUUGGUUCAGCCGGGUCAGAUUCAGUUGCAGGGAGGUCAAACUCUGCAGCUGCAGGGUCAGCAGGGUCAGGCUCAACAGAUCAUCAUACAGCAGCCUCAGACUGCCAUUACUGCGGGCCAGAACCAGGGGCAGCAGAUUACACUUCAGGGACAGCAGGUUGCCCAAACAGCUGAAGGACAGACUAUAGUAUACCAGCCCGUGAAUGCUGAUGGCACAGUUCUGCAGCAGGGCAUGAUCACCAUCCCAGCAGGCACCCUGGCAGGCACUCAGAUUGUCCAGGCAGCAGGGGCUGCUAACACCUCCACAGCCAACAGCGGGCAGGGCACAGUCACCGUUACCCUGCCAGUAUCUGGAAACAUGGUGAACGCUGGGGGAAUGGUCAUGGUAAGACCUCCUGAUGAGGUAUCUAACAAACUUAAACCAUCCCCUUAAUUAAUCAUCAGAUGUGUGGGGGUGUGCAUGCAGUGUUGAGUCUCAAUCACCUUGGUUUUGGGCUUGCCUUUUCACAUGCA